AUGACAAUCAUCUCAAAAAGCGAAAAAGAGGUUGAAAGUGGUGUUAAGCAAGUUAAACUUCAAGAUAAGCCUGUUGAGCAUGAAACAGUGAUUAAGACAAUUGACAAGCAAAUCCAAGAGAAGGAAGAAAAGGCAACCCUACCUCUACUACUUUUUUCUCAAUGCUUUCAGAAACAAAAGCUUGAUAAGCACUUCCAAAAGUUUCUCAAGGUGUUCAAAAAGCUUCACAUAAACAUUUCUUUCGCAGAAGCUUUAGAGCAAAUGCUAUCAUAUGUGAAUUUUCUGAAGGACAUAUUGACAAAGAAGAGGAAAUUGGAGGAUUUUGAGAUUAUUACACACAUUGAAGAGUGCUAUGCAAUAAUCCAGAACAAGCUUCCACCAAAGCUUAAGGACUUAGGGAGUUUUUCUAUCCUUUGCUCAAUUGGUAAUUUUAAUUUUUCAAAAGCUUUGUGUGAUUUGGGUGUUGGUGUCUCAAUUAUGCCUUUGUCUUUUGCUAGGAAACUUGGACUAACAAAGAUUUAA